AUUUUCAGAACUCCAUUGACAACUUCAGUGGGUUUGGUUUUAUAAGUUCACAGCCAGUGAAGUGUGGAUAACGUUCGCUGCUGCUGGUACUACUACUCCUAGUGUUACAGAAAGAGAGAAAACUACAUGGAAAAUUGAAAUUUACAAUGGCCUCUUCUCCUCUUCUCCACCACCCAACCCACUGCUUCAUCUCCAGUAACCAGGGUUUCUGCAAUGGGUUGUCUUCAUCACGACCCAACUACUCUUGGAUGCGCGGCUCUGGAAAUAACAUUAGACCCAUCAAAGCUGCCGUAGAGAUGCCUCCUUUUCCACUCUUUGAACCUCCACAAAUUGAAAGUGACACACCUUCUCAGUUGGAGCCUGCAGACCCUGAUUUCUACAAGAUAGGGUAUGUUCGGAGUGUUCGAGCAUACGGUGUUGAAUUCAAGGAAGGGCCUGAUGGAUUUGGAGUCUAUGCCUCUAAAGAUGUUGAACCACUUCGCAGAGCAAGGAUGAUCAUGGAAAUUCCACUGGAAUUGAUGUUAACAAUAAGAAAAAAGCUCCCAUGGAUGUUUUUCCCAGACAUCGUACCAGUGGGACAUCCUAUAUUUGAUAUUAUCAACUCAACCAAUCCGGAGACAGAUUGGGAUCUGCGGUUAGCAUGCCUUCUUUUGUUUGCAUUUGAUCAAGAGGAUAACUUCUGGCAGCUAUAUGGUGAUUUUUUACCUAGUGAAGGAGAGUGCACUAGCUUGCUUCUAGCUAAAGAGGAGGACCUUUUGGAGCUGCAGGAUCCGAAAUUGGCUUCAACUAUGAGAGAUCAGCAACGCCGAGCUUCAGAAUUUUGGGAAAAGAAUUGGCACUCUGGUGUCCCCCUUAAAAUAAAGCGCCUUGCUCGUGAUCCCAAUAGAUUCAUUUGGGCAGUGAGUAUAGCACAAUCACGAUGCAUAAACAUGCAAAUGAGGAUUGGUGCACUAGUUCAAGAUGCAAAUAUGCUAAUUCCUUAUGCUGACAUGCUAAACCAUUCCUUUCAGCCAAAUUGUUUCUUUCAUUGGCGUUUCAAGGACCGCAUGCUUGAGGUGAUGAUAAAUGCUGGACAAAGGAUUAAGAAAGGGGAGGAGAUGACUGUCAAUUACAUGAGUGGGCUGAAAAAUGACAUGUUAAUGCAAAGAUAUGGUUUUUCAUCCCCUGUGAAUCCUUGGGAUGUCAUCCAGUUCUCUGGAAAUGCACAGAUUCAUUUGGACUCCUUCUUGUCAGUCUUCAAUAUAUCUGGCCUUCCUGAAGAAUAUUAUCAUAACACAGGUCGGUUAUCUAAUAAUGGAGAUAGUUUUGUUGAUGGAGCGGUAAUAGCAGCAGCAAGAACAUUGCCCACUUGGUCAGAUGGGGAUGUGCCUCCAAUGCCAAGCAUGGAGCGGAAAGCUGUGAAGCAGUUACAAGAAGAAUGUCAACAGAUGCUUUUGGAAUUCCCCACAACUUCGGAGCAAGAUCAAAAAAUUCUAGAUUCUAUGACAGAAGAAAGGAGAACACUUGAAGCUGCAAUCAAGUACAGAUUGCACAGGAAGUUGCUGAUAGAGAAGGUCAUCCAGGCAUUGGACAUUUACCAAGAGCGGAUAUUGUUUUGAUCCUGGAAUUUUCAGAUUUUCCAGGAAAAUGAGACAGUUUUGUUUGGUUGUAAUGCUCCAAAAUCGCCAUUGUUUUGAUAACUUCUGUUCAUUUGGUUACAUUUGCAUUUUCAUCCCUAGUGUGAGCUUCAUGUAUCAACUCCGAAUACUGUAGAUGAGCCCACAUGAAAGCUGCAAAUACCUCACUUUGGAUUAAAAAGCCAAAAGCUCUUCUGUAAACUCAAUAAGAGCUUCAGUAGCUAUUUGGCAAAUUUUAUUAAAAGUUAGGCAACUUUUACUUUUUGUA